AUGACAUCCCCCAUCCAAACCCCUCGUCUUAUUCGUCUGACUAUCAAGCUCUACAAGGGCCAGGCCCGACAGGGUGUGCUACUCCCCCCGGCGUAUCGCACUUUUGUGGACGACACGAACCGCCGUAACAACCGUGGCUGGGUGAUUGACGAUCACGAUGUGACGAUUGAGUUCUACUUCCGCAAUUUUGCUGAGCUCAACAGAGUCAACAGCGACCCGGAGUUCCAGGCACUGCAGGCCUCCGAAGAACCAUUCGUCAACCGGGCACACACGGUCGUCUCUCUUUCGUGGGUAGAGAACUACGUGGACGAGGGUAAGGUGGUCAAUAUUGUGGAUGAUAAAUCUACUUAUCCCCCCUAUGAGGAGCUUUGA